CUUACGCUCAGUUCUGACUGGAGGACCAUGUGCACUGACUGAUCUGAUGUCAGUGCUCGUCGCCCUGUUCCAUUGAGAUCUGUACAAGUGGGGACAGAGCGCGACAACUCAGCCUGGAGCACAGAGGAAUCUGCACAGUGAGACUGGAGAUCACCCCACACUGUGCGCAGAGAGGGCACGAGGUCUCCAGGUUUUACAUGAUCGCACGGCACCGAAAAUGACACUGGGAAUCAUGAAUGCUGGCCUGGACACAGACACCACUGAUCUGCGCCUGGUAGAGUGGGGGCUUUCAGACAACCUCUUGAAGGAAUUUGUAUUUCCGUUCAUAGCUACAGUGUGAUGCCACAGGGUCUGCUCUGAAAAGAGAAAAUCCUGAAUUACCAGGAUUACACAGACACGACAGGCACCCUCAUCCCUGACCGAGCUCAGCGGGGCAGGUCUGUCUGACUCGGGCACCACCGCGGAAAAUGAAUGAUACCAACCACACAUGCGGUAGCGAAAAAGACCUGAAGCAGUACCAGCACUUCAUCUACGCCGUUAUCUACUCGGUGAUCCUGGUGCCGGGCCUGAUCGGCAACGUGCUGGCCCUCUGGGUGUUCCACGCCUACGUGAAGGAGACCAAGAAGGCCGUCAUCUUCAUGAUCAACCUGGCCGUGGCCGACCUGCUCCAGGUGCUCUCGCUGCCCCUCCGCAUCUACUACUACCUGAACCACUCCUGGCCCUUCGGCAGCUUCCUCUGUAUGUUCUGCUUCUACCUGAAGUACGUCAACAUGUACGCCAGCAUCUACUUCCUGGCCUGCAUCAGUGCCCGCCGGUGCAUGCUGAUCAUCUACCCGCUGCGCUACACCUCCUCCAAGCGGCGCCUGGACCGGCAGCUGUGCGCCGCGGGCUGGCUGGUGGUCUGCCUCACCUGCCUGCCCUUCCCCCUGCUGCGGCAGGGGGAGGAGAACGGCUCCUGCUUCUCGGAGCUGCCGCUGGUGCCGGUGAGCACGGGGCUCGGGGCGACCCUGAUCUCCCUGGCCGAGCUGCUGGGCUUCGUCUUGCCCCUCACCCUGGUCCUCACCUGCUCCUGGCUGACGGCCGCCAGCCUGCGAGAGAAGACCAGCGUGCUGCAGGACAGCGGGGAGAAGCGCAAGGCGCUGAAGAUGGUGCUGAGCUGCGCCGUGGUCUUCCUCGUCUGCUUCGCGCCCUACCACGUCACCUUCCCGCUGGACUUCCUGGCCAAGUCCAAGGCGGUGAAGAGCUGCGCCUUCCAGGACUUCAUCCUGCGCUGCCACCCGGUCACGCUGUGCCUCGCCAGCCUCAACUCCUGCCUGGACCCGGUCAUGUACUACUUCACCACGGACGAGUUCAAGAGGCGCCUCUCCCGGCCCGAGCUGCCGGAGAGCCUCCAGCUGAACCGCAGGCUCUCCAGUGCGACCGGAGGGGACAAACCAGUGCAGUCAGACCUGAGGGAGUGAGAGGACACUGCGCCAGUCUCAGGGCAAAGGACACUCCUCACCUGUAUGAGAGUGGGGUAUGAGGACACACACUCGCUCUACCAAAGAGGGGCAAAAUCACACACUCCUGCACUCUGAGGAAGAGGGCAUAGUCCCUCUGUGUAAGGGACAAUAAAAAGGAAACACUCCUAUAUGAGGAGGAGAUUAAGGAGACACUUCUUUCAGAACUACUGUGAAUUGAUAGGUAACCUGAUGCUCAGACAUCAAACAGUGUAGAUAUGGAUUUAUAUAUUUGGUUAUUUAAUACUUUGUAAACAAAUGAGAAAUGUAAAUUUAAG